GGAGAGAAUCUGGAAAACACGAUGGCAGCCUUUCACCACGCGGUUAACAUAGGGACAGACAUGCUGGAGCUAGAUUGUCACCUGACAAAAGAUGAGCAAGUGGUUGUGUCCCAUGAUGAGAACCUGAAGAGAUCAACAGGCGUCGAUGUCAACAUAUCCGACCUCAAGUACUCUGAACUUCCACCAUAUCUCUGCAGAUUGGAUGUCACAUUUCAGAAGGAAUGUCACUGCGAGGGAAAAGACAACCGUAUUCCACUCCUGAAGGAGGUGUUUGAGGCGUUUCCACAAACUCCUGUCAACAUUGACAUCAAAGUGAACAACAACGUGUUGAUCAAAAAGGUUUCAGAGCUGGUCAGUGAAUAUAAGCGAGAACAUUUGACAGUGUGGGGGAAUGUCAAUUACGAGAUUGUAUCAAAGUGUCUUAAGGAGAAUGCUGACAUUCCCAUCAUCUUCUGUUUGCAACGUGUCCUCCUGCUUCUUGGCCUGUUCUACACUGGUCUGCUGCCGUUCAUCCCUUUCAAGGAGGAAUUCUUCGAAAUUCCCAUGCCUUCAAUCAUCCUCAAGCUUAAAGAACCGCAUAAGAUGACAAGAAGCCAGAAAUUUAUCAUCUGGCUAGCUGACACGUUGCUGAUGCGGAAAGCACUUUUUGACCACCUCACUGCUCGGGGCAUUCAGGUGUAUAUUUGGGUACUGAAUGAAGAACAGGAAUACAAGAGGGCGUUUGAUCUGGGAGCAACUGGAGUGAUGACAGACUAUCCAACAAAACUUAAAGAAUUUUUACACAAUUAUUCAGCAUAAAGGAAGAAAAGCAAGGAAGUUCUUGCAGAAUAGAUU